AUGUCAGACUUCCUAUGUUUUAAUAAGAAACAUAUAUUUGCAAAUAUAGAUGAUGGUAUAGAAUCUUUUGAAAAUUUCAGUUUUGACAAUGUAAAUGUGUAUUUAAAUAUUUACAGAUCUUUUCCAGAUCAAUUUGGUACUGAGUCUGGACAUCACUCUUUAAUUCCUUGGCAUUCUCCAUCAAUGAAGUCAAUUAUGAAUGAGCUCUCCAACCAGAUUUUGAGCUUUCUUGGAUUGUCUACAGGAAUUCCUCCAAUUUCUUUCUUUAUCGUAGUAACACCAACUUUUGAUUAA